AUGGAGCGAGAAGGGUCGGAAAGUGAAGCAGGAGAAGUUUUUAAAACUCGGAAACCAAGUCGAAACAAGCUAGCGUGUAGUAUAGCUUGUCUGGACGGCGCAAGCUUUAAUAUAAACAUCGAGGUUUGUAGUGAAUUUGCUGUCUAGUUCAUUCGAAUCGAAUAUACUCCUUCAGGAAAUCUUUGUAUGCUACUUUCAAGAUUCAUACUAGAUUACAUCAGGGGUGCUUUAUAGUUUAAGCUUUAUAUCGCUUAGCUUUUUUAUAUUGAACAGAUGGUUCGGGGAAAUUUCUGAUCUAUAAUCUAGUAUGUUGCCUUGUUGUCUACCAUAUAUUUAAAUAUAGUUUUGUUUGGUUUAAAGCUUUCCUGAACCCCGCCGCUUAAAAUAAUAAAAUGUUAACACUCCUUCUCCCUUUUGUCUUAAGAUAAUUCCUUUAAACGAAAGCGAACAGUUUAGAGCGUAAAACUACUUGUAAAUAUGAAAGUGUGGGCUGCAAACUCGACUAAACUUUUUACAAACAUGUAAUAACAUUUUGGCAUCAUCACUCGGUUUUAAAUGUCAUCAUUCAAGUGGCAGAAGGACCAAUUUUAAUAGCAGAAAUUAUCAAGCUGUUCACAGAUAUACACAGUUUAUUAUCCAGGAUAUGUCAUAGUAUUUAAAAGUCGCUCCAGAAUGAAACGUUUGCUUUCGAUGCGAUUCUAUCAUCACCUACAUUCGUUUUUAAUUUAAUUACUACGAGCUCGCUUCGUUCUAAUUUGUUUUCGAUUUGUGCAGAAAAAUGCGCCGGGAAAGCUGUUGAUAGAGAAGAUUUGCCAGCAUUUGAACGUGGACGAGAAGGAGUACUUUGGACUCCUCUAUGUUGAUCAGAAAACCGGUGUGAAGGUAUGGGCGUGCAGAAAGUUAUCGUAAGCAAAUUUGUUUUGAAUUUAUUCGGGAAGCAGUCAGUGAAUAUUGGAUAUUGUUUUGUCUAUUUGAAGAAACAAACAAUGUAACAGAUCAACAGUGUCGUUUUGAAUACCAAUAUUGAAUACUUUCCAUAUAUUCUAUAUAAAGAAUCUUUAACAUUUGGAAUAUUCUGUAUGAUAGGAUCGUGUGUGAAUUUGUUACAAAGCUUUGUUGACAAAGCUGAGUUUCAAAUUCAAAUGUGAUUCAUAAUUAAUGAGGUUAAAAAUUAACAGAAUUUCUCAUUUAUGUAGCGUUGGUUAGAAACUCAGAAACCCGUCAAAAAACAACUGCACGGUUAGUAUAUUAAGAACUCUGAAAUAGUUGGUUCAUGACACAGUGGAUUUUCAAGUUCAGUGUGUAAUGCUACAUAUGCUACCAAUAUUUUCUUUGUAUAUGAUAAGAUAUCACAGUUUCAUCUCAAAAUAGAAUAUUAUGUCAAUCACAUGAUCAGUACUGUUUGACAUUUUUCACCUUCAUAGAUAUGAUGUCAUCCCCACAAAUAUGUGUACUGAUAUUACUCAUUUCUCCCUAUUGGUCUUCAUGCAUCUAUAGUGACGUUUCCUUGUGGUGCGUCAACUAUGUACAGUAUUACUACAGAAGGCGUUGUGAGAGUAUUCGCUAUCUUUUUGAAUUACAGCAGUUUCACAUGAUGCGAUGCAUGACCACGUCACGUACAAAGGUUGACAGUAAUAGUUAUUUCUGACAUUUGCUAAUUCAAUAUCAUAAACUUCAACGUUGCGGCUAUUUAUAGUAUAUAAAGAAUAAUUAAUGUUCAAUUAUUUGCUGAAGGCGAGGUGGUUAUUGGUGAAUAAAAACCGAGACGAAGUAAAGGUUUUUAUUCACGAUAAUCACCGAGCCUUAGGUGAAUAAUUAUUUUAGUAUAAUUUCAAAGGUGAUUAUUUGAAGAAAAAAAAUACACAUUUCUUUGUCAUUUAAUUGACAAAAUGGCUUUGGCCGCCAUUUCGAAAACCGCUUAGGUGAUUAUCACGUUAUAAUCACCUCGACGGCAACCAAUCAGCGUGGAGAAUUUUCAAUAAUCAUUAGUAUGUAAUUAUACUAAUAAGUCAUUAUAGAAUACAGUACUUAUUCGAUUAAUUUGUCGAAUAAUUGUUAGACUAUUUAAUGUCUUACAUUAAGAAAUACAAUUCUUUUACCCAUCUAUUUGUACACUUUGAUACCCCUGGUACAUUAAAUGAAAACAUGCUCAAUUCACAUCCAAACUAACACUCUCGCAACUCACUGGAAAACGCAUUACCCCUUAACCCAUUAAUUACAGUGCUUCCCAAUGCACCCCACUUUAUUAUUUUACCCUCCCUAACACCAGACGAUCUUACCUGUCGAGGGCCGAGUGGUGGCUCUUCGUGGGUUUAACCCAUUGAGUGGCAGCACUCUCCACUUGACGAGUAAAAUUGUCUGGUGUUAGACAGAGUAAAGUACUAAAGUAGGGCGCAUAAGGGUGCAAUGCCACUUAAAGGGUUGGUUGCUGCCAGAGCUGGUUCUCUAUAUGCCCAAUAUUAUGGCACAAUUUAAUUAAUUGCAUACAUGUUAGUGUGUUGAGGCUAUGUCGUAAUUUUCUAUUUUACGCAGUACACUACAUUUACUUUGUUUAAUGCGAGCCAAUUUACUUCUAAAUGCAAGUGAGAGUCUGGAAUCCAUGUCAUAUAAUUCACAGAAUACAUGACGUUUAGACACAACAAAUCUCAAAUCUCUGCAGACAAAAGACAGGAAUGAACAAGAAAUAAUUAUAAUCCCUCAGUAAACACUAAUCACCAUGUGGCAUUUUUAAUUUAAAUUGCUCAACUGCGCAAUGAGAUUCAUUUCCUUGAUCUACAUAAUCUAGAAUAUUUGCACAUAAGCUUGCAUCGAUCUACAAAAUCUAACCACAAACCCGUAUCACAUAAUUCUCAUUUUCAUGAACAUGAAAUUAUCAAAUUUACAUCCCACAUGAAUGUUAUAUUUUUGUCUGUUUAAUUGGACAUCUUCAAAAUGUGGUUGAAGAAUUGAUUAAACAGCUUUCAAUGGCUAUGCUGAAUUGAUAUGUACACAGAUUGUAUCUAUAAAGUUAUUACACAAAGUGGCAGUAUUAGAUAAAGUUUCUCAGUGUUAUUGCAUUUAAAUCCCAUAACAGAUACUGGCUGCAAAAACAAAUUAGUUAGGGUCCACCUGUUCAUGUCACAGUCAUCUGAUAUUGAUCAGUUUUGACAACUAACUUCCAUUUGUAUUCUAGCUGUCUAAGGCAUUUAGCCAUAUGCCGAAAAAUGCUCUUGACAAAUACAGUCAUCAUUGGAAGACAGAAUAAGUCUGAGUUAUUAUAUGCAAAGUACCAGGCCUUAAAAUAUCGGUCGGUCACGGACAUUGUCCGACCCAUUCGUGAAAUUGUUCGACGUAGAGAGAAAACCACCGGACAUUCUGUCCGACCAAAGUGAAACUGAGGUUUAUUGUUUGUCCGACCUGAGUGUAUUUGUGUCCGACCGAACUGUAGCUUUGUCCAACGUAAAUCAAAAUGUACCUAUCCCAGGACUAGAGGCUUGUAAUGUUAAUUGUAUAAAAGGUGAACUGGAAAUUUGUUUUAACGUAGUCGAGCGCGGGGCGGGAGCGAAAUCCAUGGUGAAGUGGAAAACGGGCUUAAGUUGUCUAAGUCUUUUACUGCUGUUCUGGAAAGCAAGUUAAUUUUGGCUUGGAAAUAAGUAUGAAAGAAACAAAUUAAUAUUUAAUAUCUUCACAACAUUUACCGUUCAGAAUUAAUACAUUCUGCUGAUAAUCAUUUGUAUCGGCAUUCAGACUUAUUUCCGAGUCAAAACUGAACUGAAUGUCAUCGGACAUAUGUCCGACCCAAACUCAACGUCAUCGGACAUUUUGUCAGAAGGCCCUGUAAAAGAUAUUUUAAGGCCUGAAGUACAUUAGGACACAUUUUACUUUGCUAAUCAUUAUGAGUGCUCUAGUUUCUGACUGAAAAUUGUAACAUAUAGAAAAUUAACUUUAAUGACCCCUUAAUCCAUAUUAAUCGGUCUAAGCCGGGAGAGGCACUUGCUUAAGUGAGCAUAACUGCGUAAUGUCUACCCCGUAUGCCUGCCUCAAAACACAGUGUCUUCUUCAUGUUUACAAAAUUAUUUUAUUGCGUUGCACCCCGCUAUUUUAUUCUGUCUAAUGCUGGACAAUUUUACUUGUCAAGGGGAGGGCACCGGCGCUGAAUGUGUUAAGGACAUGUUAAGUAUAUUUUACAGAUUGACAACUUUUUGUCUGGAUAAUAUAAAAUGCUACUGAUACAGAUACUACACACAUAAAAAUGCACAAGUUGUUAUACAGUAUGUCUCCAAUAAGUUGUUACAAAUCUGUUUGCAAACUGUUGACAGGUUGUGUUCGCACUGCUUGUUCCCAGUUGUUGUAACAAGUUUGGAAUAAGAUGUUAACAACUUGUAACAAGCUUGAUGGCAUUAUCAGAUUUCUUACAAGGUUGUUCUAACAAGCCUGCAUGAUACAGUCAUGAUAUAACAAGAAUUUACAAGGUUGACGAAACAAGGUUGUAACAAUAUUGUUAUAUCAUGACUGUAUCGGACUUGUUGGAACAAUCUUGCAACAAGUCUGAUAAUAUCAACAAGGUUAUUACAAAUUGUUAACAGCUUGUUCCAAACUUGUUGGAAGACAGCAGAUUUGCUACAAGAUGUUAGAUUUUUGCGUGUGUAUAGUUGACAGUUGACCAGAUUACCAGACUAUGUGCCCAUGUUAUAAACUUGAAUGGCAAUGGUGUAGAAUUGAGAGGAAUUCAACUGCCUGAAAAAAUACAAGUGAUUAGUAAAACUUCAAUGUUUCGAGCAAAGGCUAUGACCUUUCUUUAUGGCUAUGUCACAUUUUAACCCAAAAGCUUAUGGCCUUAUGCACCCCUAUUUUGCCCUUGACUAAUGUUUAACUACAAACCAAGUGUUGGCCAUUACCAGUUUGAAAGUAAACUCGUUCAUUUUGUCAGGUACUGGUGCAAAUUUUGAGUUUGCAGUGAAGUUCUUUGAGCCUAACCCAGAACAACUGAAAAAUGACUACACAAGGUACAGUACCAUACAACAUAUAACUUUUGUUAGGAAUGCAAAACUAGUACUUGCCCGAAAUGGGCUAUAUUUAAUGACUGGAUAUUGGAGUACACACGUAAUGCACAAGUUGUAACAAACCCAAAUAUCUAACCAGGAACCAGUUUCAUAUUAUUCUGACACUGCAAUAGAGCAACGAAAAUUUCGUUGGCUCGAGUGGGAUUUGAACUCGCAUCUUCGGGUAUCUAGACCGCCAAAAUGCAGCACAAGGUCCUCUGGCAGGAAUUGAACCUACGGCCCUGUGAUUCCAGUGCAGCACUCUAACCAAGUGAGCUCCAGAAGCCAGUUGACAAGUUAAAAUGUUCUUGUACAGUAUAUAUGGAUUUUCAUGUGUGCAAGCUAUAAACUGAGUUGAAGUUAUAUUUAACGACUGUAUUCCUAAAAUAUUUAUUGCAGGUAUCUCAUGGCACUUCAAAUUCGAGAAGAAAUUGCCACAGGAGGGUAAGGAAGCAUUAAAGACAUAAAUGUUAAUUUUAGUUCUCUUGUAUUCUUUUCUCAACAACAAAACAUUCCUAAGUGGCAAGUUGUUCUCCCUUUAUUUUGCUUUAAUAACUGUUUUAAUUUACUUUUCUUUAACUGCCAUACUAUACUUCAUUCUUAUAGUUUACCAUGUUCAUUUUCUGCACAAGCCUUGCUGGGAUCAUAUGUCAUUCAAUGUAAGUUAGUAUCUAAAAUAUGAUUGUUCAAGGUCUGUACCAGUGUAGGUAUCAGUGAGAGCCAAUAUUAAGAAAGCUUCAGAUUGAUAGGAAUACAACUACCUGAAAAAUACAAGGAGAACUUUGAUGUUUUGAGUGAAGGCCCUGAGUGAAUUUAGUAGAUCCUUCGAAAGACCUUCCCUUGGUGCACGAAACGUCGAAGUUCUUCAAUUUGAAGCUUUCAUAUCUAAAAUGUGGCCCAAUGUUUAAGAUUUGGACUGUUCAAAACAUAUUUGAACUGUUCAAAACAUACCGUAUCGUUUUGGUACAUAAAUAUACAGUAUAUUGAAUAUUUUUGUUUCCCCAAAAGUCUCAAUUUAUUCCAGGGUGUCCACAGGCCUUGAAAAUCCUGGAAAGUCCUUGAAUUGGAAAAAAUAUUCCAGGAACGACUGGAAAGUCCUUGACUUAAUUUCCUUAACCUCCAGCUGUGCCAACAUUAGUGAUUUUGAUUAAAAUUACUGAAUCUUAAAGUUAAUAAUUUACGGCAAAUCCAUGCCAUUUUCAAAGAUUUUUCCCAGUUCUAGGUCCUUGAAUUUACUCAAAAAUCGGCCUUGAAAGUCCUGGAAAAGUCCUUGAAUUUCACCUUCACCAAAGGGUGGACACCCUGUUAUGCAUAUUCAGAGCAUGACAGCUGAAUCUGUUUGUCAUAAAGCACAGUUGUUCUAAUUUUUUAUUGCCAUUAAUAUCUUAGCGGAAUUUGGAGACUACGAUCCUCUUCAACAUGGCCAAGACUAUCUUGAUGGAUUGGUGUUUGCACCUGAGCAGGUCAGCAGUUAUAUUUGACUUUAUAAGAAUAGGUCUUGUAUUGGAUAACUCUAUUAUAUUUCCGACAACUUAGGUGAGUUGUGUGCUUGAUUUACACAGUACAACUCAAGUUGUAAGCAGGUCGCAUGCGACAAUUUUUGGCACAUGUUGCGUAGUGGAAAUCAGCCUUAGGGCGCCCUGCUUUAUUAUUUUACUCUGCCUAACACCAGGCUAUUUCACGAGCGGGAACUGAUGCUCAAUCAUAGAUAUCUUAUAUACACUAGAUAGCGCAUCUCUUUUAGUAAAAUUGAAGCCAAGAAUAUUCCAGCGGUUACCCCCAUUGGAAUAGAUGGCGGCCAUGUUGGUACUUCCCACUCGCAAAUAAACGCUUAACAAUAACUUUCAUCAUUUGAAUAGUUUGAAAAUGUAUUUGGAAUAGGUUUAACUUAAUGUUUAAGUUCCCUGUUUAAAAAAUAGAAAACAUACGAGUCUUCUCAUUUCAUGGGAAUAUCCUGAGUCUGCAAUCACGGGUUCAAUUUGUGAAUUGCAGAAUAAUUAGAUGCACUAUCUAGUGUAUAUAAGAUAUCUAUGUGCUCAAUAGGUACCAUAUACCUAUGGGUACCGUAUACCUUAUGUCUCAUAAUUUAUGGGUUGCAACUUUAUUAAUUUUUACUUUCUUUACAGUCUGUAGAAUUGAUUUUAAAGAUCAAAGAACUCCAUAGGACGCACAAGUAAGUAAAGAAAUAGGCAAAGCAACAUUUUGUUUGUCAACGACUAAUUUUCUAUUUUGUACCUUUAAAAAUUGUUUAGGGGGCUGACGCCAAUGGAAGCUGAUUUACAGUACUUGGAAUACGCAAGAAAACUGACACUGUAUGGUGUCGACUUGCAUGAAGCAAGGGUAAUUUCAUAUUUGCCACUUUUCCCACUAUUAGCUUGGAACAAAACUCAUUUAAACUCGACGAAUCGCCGAAUAUAUUAGUGAGCUUAAACAAGCGACGUUUCUGUCAUUGGACGUCGCCCAUUUUUGAGCCGAAAGUGGUUAUUUUUACCGCGCGUAAUACUAAAAUACUCAAAAUUUGCUAAUUUCGCAGGGCUAUAUUUUUCUGUAUUUUACAACAUUUUGCAACCAAACUUUGCAAUUUUACUAAUUUUAGGAUGCUCUUUUGAGCUAUAAUGAUAUAUUUCGUCUUUCUUGUCCAGAUAACUUGGCUGCAUUUUGCAUCAUAUCGCUCGUGCAAGGAAACAAAAAUUUUAAAAAUCUUUUGUUUUGUCAUUUAUUUUGAACCACAAACUGACAUAAAAACAGUUUUUAAUCCAAUCCCCCCUAUGAAAGUUAAACAGGCCUCAAUUUACGUAGCAUCUCAUGAACUCCGUUUUGUCUUCCAGGACUCAGAAGGUGGGGAGAUUCAUGUUGGUGUUUCAUUUGCUGGUAUUGCGAUUUACAAAGAUCAAAUCCGUACAAACAAAUUUUCUUGGUAAGAAUUAUGAAAACAAUUAUUGAACUGAUGAGGUCGAGUAUACGAAAACCGAAUUCAAUAAUUAUAUAUUCAAAAGCUAGAACAAAAGCAAAGCUAUAUUGGUUACGCUCAUUGAGCUAUAAAUAAACUGGAAGGCUAACUGCUAUGAUAAAGGCCUAUGAUUUGAUGAAGCCAAAAUAGUUUUUCUGAGUUAUGAGCAGAAAUACUUGACCCCAAACGUCGGACUAUAUAUCAAAUUGAAGCUAUUGAAAAUUGCUAUUCGGUGUGUAAAUUUCAAGACUUCAGCGAAAAGAAAAAUAUUUAAAAAAUACAAAAACAACUGCAAAACGGCAAAUUAUCGGUAAUUAUGUUUGUAGUUUUUCAAUAUUUCCCUUUUAGCUAAAGUCUUGAAAUUUCUACACCAAAUAGCAUUUUUCAAUAGCUUCAAUUUGAUAUAUAGCCCAACGUUCAGUGUUGAGUAUUUCUGCUCAUAACUCAGAAAAACUACACUGGCUUCAAUUUCCCCCCCUGAGUUAGCCUUCCAGUUUAUUUAUAGUUCAAUGGUUACGCUUUGAAAAAUAUGGCAUUUUCGCGCGCUUUUUAGCAAACAAUGGACCGCGCCGGGGCUUGGUAAUCACAGCGUGCAAUAAUAUUUUUUUUGGACCGAACUUCGUGCCGAGAUCUCGCUUGAAAGAAGCAGGAAAUUUCUCCAUAUAAACAGGAGAGGAAAUUUCUCUAUUUAAACACUCGCAAGCGAUUGUUGGGAUGCACGUUGAAAGAUACUGCCGCAAGUUAUUUUUAACUUACUGUCAAAACAAUAUCAAAACAACAAAAUUGUCCCGGCAAGUGGGAUGAAAUUUUCUGAUAUAAAAACAAGAGAAAUUCAUCCCGCUUACCAGGCAACCUCGUACCCAGGGCCUCUGAACCGCGCAAAGGCCCUGGGUGCGAGGUUGCUUACCAGGCUGUCUCGCUAAGCGGGCCAGCCCGGCUUCCAUAUAUAAACUAACCUGCGAUCAGGCUCUAUUUUACAUCGCAGGCUAUAUAUAAACAGGUCCUGAGACAGGAAAUUAUAUUUUUGGGUUUUACUUGCAAGAAGAAAAAAUAUAUCUUCUAGGCUUGUUCCAAACACUCGCGUUUCUUCUUUUAUAGGCCCACGAUCGAAGAAGUAAAAUAUAAAGGAAGAAAUUUCUUUAUCAAAAUCAAACCAGGAGAGGUACGAUGUAACUAUAUCUAUUCAGGGUGUCCACGGGUCUUGAAAAUCCUGGAAAGUCCUUGAAUUCGAAAAAAGUCCUUGGAAAUCCUGGAAAAGUCCUUGAAUUUCACCUUCACCAAAGGGUUGACAACCCUGUCUGUUGAAGCACAGGGGAUCGUGUCUACAGUAUACUCUCAGAAAAACUCGAGAAAGAUUUAACUCUAACAUCAUGUGCCACAAAGAAAAAUGUUUAAAGUCAAUACAGUAACUCAAUUUAUCUCCAAAAAGAUCAACAGUAAACUUCAUUGAAGAGAAUGUAAAUGUUCUUAUUUUGUGUAAAUUUCAGUACCAAGCGUUCGUGAGUACGGUGGUGUUUAAGACUCCAAGUGAUCGAGCAACCAAAGAGCUUUAUAAAUCCGUUGUGGAGCAUCACACUUUCUACAGGUAUUGAAAUCUUACCUACAGAGUGACUAGUUAGGCGAUAUUUGCCAAUUAUUCAUCGACAAUGAGGUGAAUUUGAAUAAUUGUUUUAGCAUAUACCACAACAAAACAAAAACGAUAAAAAAACCCAACGAAAAUAUUUUUAAAACACUUUGUUAACUGUAUUUACAAGCUUUUAGUGAUCUUAUUAAUUAGAAAUGCCUUUAAAGAAUACCUCCACACACUGUUGAACAAAACUUUGUUGCUCUCUUCGUGUUUGGAGAAACUACAGCUUCGUUUAGUACAAAAAUUUCUUCGUCUGAAGCAAGGUUUAUUUCCUUUAGUUUGUUGUUUGCAAAUGAAAUUAGUGUAGCUUAUUUUGUGUGGAUAGUUAUUAAAAAUGAAACUGUGUGGUUUAUUGUUUUCAUUGCAUAUAUCGCGAUACUAUCAAAUGUCGUGAUAAUUUCCCAAACGAUAAUCGUGUUAUGACAUUUUUAAUAUCGCCCAACUCUAAGAAUGACACAUACAAUAUAUUUAUUCUGGAAAUAGAUUAUACGAAAAGUCGUAUCGAAAAACAAGUUUCAGAAAUGUGAUUGCGGUUAGCAACAAAAUUUGCCGCGAAAUUUUUUUAGCUAACCAAUCACAUUCGUGCGAAUAAAUUCGCCUAGUAAAAAAAGUGCUUAAAUUGACCAAAAUAUUUUUGCCAAAUUUUUUUUACUGUAUCAUAAUAUUUUGUGUAGGUUGCGUGAUAUGUCGUAAAUGUGUUGAUCAGCCAAUGAAAACUAGCUAUUUGCUUGCAUCUUUUGAUUGCGUAAUUUAUCAGCUUUCCUGAUGUAUAUACAUUUCAGUGGUUGAGUCUCCUAAACAAAAGCAACUCAGGCUACUCAGCGGUAGCCUGCCCGAGGCAGCACUUUACUUUGCGAUAGUAACUUCUAGUCGUACUAUUUUGUUUAGGUUGCGUGAGCCAGAUUCUCCUAAAGGCGGUACUCUACCCCGCCUCCAUUCAAGAUUUCGAUACAGCGAUCGUACUCUUUUUCAACUACGACAAGGUGCAUACAACAGUCUACCUCGGCCCAGUACACUGACUAGAAGAUGGUCGGAUAGGAAGAGACCCAUCAAGAGUGAUGAAGAUCCUGAAGGCCUGGAACCUAAGAUACGACGAAACGAGGUAACGUGUCUCACUGCAUGAGGGUUAAAACAGGCAGUGAUGGUUUUAUUCCAUUGUGUUUGAUACUUCAUGUUAGGUUCCGGUGACGUCAGCUGAGCCAGAAGGCACGAUGAAUGAAGAAGAGCGACAAAGAUAUCGUCAGAAGUUGGCCGCGAAAUUUGGUGCGAAGGCUGGGGAUGAAAAAGGUUAAUACACAUUAUUUUUCAUUCAAAAAGAACUUGUGAAAACGCUCUAAAUAUCACAAUAACAUCAUAGAGAUAUUAGAAAUCUCAUUUACCUGCUGAAGUUUCGAUAAAAAUGUAAAAAAGUCUACUUUUUGCACAAAAAAACAUUCACAAAAACUCCAUUCGUUCAUGUUGUUUCUCUUGUUUUUAUUCGUGUAUUUAAACUGCCGCUUGUAUAAGUCUACACAACUCGGAUAUGCUGCUAGCGUAUAAUUGAUUGAUGUGUAUAGGUUGUGUGAUCUCCAUAUGUAGCUGUAAGCUAUUGGCCAAUCACAAGACAUGUGACUACAAUGACUUUCUUUCUCAGAGAACCCGAUGGAUGUGGUGUUUGUCUUCGGAGCCUGCGGUCCAAAUGCUGAUGAGGUAUUUGAGAAGGAGAAGGACAUGGUCAGCGGCUUCCUUGAAACGAUCAAAGUAGCGGAUACCUACUAUGGUGUAGUUGAAUAUGGUGAAAAGAAAGCAAACAUCAUGGCGAGACUUGGUGACUUUAGAAAUAAAGAAAGACUAAAUCAGUAUAUUAACACCAUUCCGCGAAGCGGUGAUGGUCGCGCUAUCGAUAAAGCUUUAGAAAAAGCCAGAGAGUUGUUACUUGAUAGCGGACGAAGCGACGCAAGGAAAGCGUUGGUGAUUUUCGCCAAUGGUAAGUCGAGUGCUCGCCUUGCAGAGCUCACCAACGAAGCGAAGCCGUUACACGAUGCUGGCGUGAAGAUCAUUGCUGUCGGUAUUGGUGAUGAUAUUGAUGACGAGGAAUUGAAUUCCAUUGCAACCAAUAAGAUCUUAGCUCAGCCUUAUGACGAGGCUGCCCCUCUGGGACAUUUGUUGGCACAUGAGGUCAGCGAAGGUAAGAAGCGUAGUGAUAAUGCAUCGUACACUGGAGGGGUGGAAAAAAUAGUUGUCAAACUGGAUGGGUCAUCAUCAUCUAUAUAGUAUAUUAUGCAGGCUCAUGGUUGGUUGAUUAUAACAAUGAAAGACAGUAGAACUAUAGAAAUCGUCUUUCUAAAGAACGAGUCACGAACAAUGAUCGUUUUCGUUUCUGAAAGCCAAUCACAAAACAUGAAAAGGGGGAUCCAUGCUCCUCCAGAAAGUUUUGAAAAUCAAGUGUCCCAGAUCGGCUGAAAAUGCAUUUGCCAUACAACAUUUGUUACAAUACAUCAUUCUAUAGUCUAUAUUAAAUUAUAAUUACAUUUCUGAGGUCAUACUUACAGAACACCUAACAUUAAUCUUUCUAUUGGUUAGAAUUUUUCUUUUUAUUUAAAUAUUUUCGGAGAAAAAAAUUUUCUGGGACCAAUGGUCCUAUGGUAUUUUUCCCAACCCUGUGAAGUACAGUACUGUAGUUGUGUUUAUGGAACUUUGUUAGGAAAUAUAGCUGGUGUAUUAGUGCAGUGUACUCAGGUGAAUAGGAUGCUUAUGAUGUUACUCUGAGGCCAUAGCUGGUGUAUUGCUUAUUGUAUACCAGUUCCCCAAUUUAGCCAAUUGUAGAUAUAACUCACGCCUUGUAAAGAAUUUUUUCCCAUCUUGUUAACACAGCUCCGUCGAAAGAACUCGUGGACGUGACAUUUGUGAUGGGAGCCUCGGGCGUCGAAGGUGAUGCUGCGUUUGAGAAGCAAAAAGAAAUCAUUCAUUCAUUCGUGGAUUCGCUCAAGAGCAAUGACACACAGAUGGCGGUGGUGAAUUAUGGCGAAAAUGAAUCGAACGUCGAAGUGAAGCUUGGGCAGUUCAAAGAUAAAGAUGAUUUCACGUCUUGUGUGGAUAAACAGGAAAGACUGGGAGAGGGGAAGGCUUUGGAUAAAGCUCUGGAUGACACGGAUAAGGUAGUGAGGGGAUUUUCGCGAUAGUACUUCACUGGAACUGUAGACAACAGGAGCCGGUUAUUCAAAGGUGGAUUAGCGCGAACCCUGGGUUAAAAUUUAAUCUGCUGUCAUAGUUUAUGUAUUUCUGCACGUCUGUUUAUUUCAAAAAUUCACAGAAGAAAACUCCUAUCGAUCCAGACAAGAUUUGUGAAGAAAUAUUUCCAAAUUUGUAAACGAGCUGUUGGGAUAUUUGCUUUGAACUUCACCUACACGCGUAAAAAUCUCACAUCUUGUAGCAAGUCUACCAACAAGCCGUCAACAAAGUUGUGUUCGCACCGCUUGUCCUAAGUUUGGAACAAGCUGUUAACAACUUGUAACAACCUUGUUGAUAUUAUCAGACUUGUUGCAAGGUUGUUCCAACAAGUCGGAUACAGUCAUGAUAUAACAAUAUUGUUACAACUUUGUGUCGUCAACCUUGUAACAUUCUUGUUAUAUCAUGACUGUAUCAGGCUUGUUCUAACAACCUUGCAACAAGUCUGUUAAUGCCAUCAAGCUUGUUACAAGUAGUUAACAGCUUGUUCCAAACUUGUUACAACAACUGGGAACAAGCAGUGCGAACACAAGCUGUCGACAGCUUGUGAACAGAUUUGUAAACUUGUUUUCCGACUUACAAAAAAACUUAUUACGGAUGCAAUCUUUUCCCCAGGUCCUCAAGCAAACUGGUCGCCCUGGCGUGAGAAAGGCUGUGGUCGUGUUCGCCAAUGGAAAGACUGGUGCCGAGAUUGUAGAUCUGGCCAAGGAAGCACGUGCUUUGCACGGCAAUGACGUCAAAGUUGUGGCGGUUGGACUUGGUGAUGACGUAAGCGAGGAGGAAAUGAAAGCUGUGGCUAAUGCUGGUGUCAUCUUGGCGGAGAGAGAUCAAGACAGUGACGUCAUCGCGCAGAAUGUUGCUAAGCAACUUGAUAUGCUAUCAGGUGUGACGUAUAAGAAAUCCCCCCUUAAAAUAUCCAAUGGAACUCUUUCAUAUAAGACAGUGAAUUCGAUUAUUUUAGUUCUUAUUAUUACCAUUUGUAUAUUUGCUCUCAUUUUCCGAACAGUUUUAUAUAGAUUAAUUGUACAAGUAAUGGACCACAAUUACGAACAGAAACCCUUACUCUUCAGAACCCAUUUAAGAACCUGAGUGGCCUAAUUUCAUAUUAAACACAAUUUAUAUAAGAACAUUUUUUAAGCAAUGGGGAAAGUUUACAGGCGGUGUUUUACUGUGUCAUACGGCAUUUAUUCGUAAAGACGAAAUUGUACUGGCAUUAAAGAAUCCGCUGAUAUAAUCUCAGAUAUAAUCCAAGACAUUUAGUAUCGACCUGUCUUUGAUUACAAUGACAGUGAGCACAAGCUGCUUACUUCAAAAGUUGGCUUAUCAAAGCUUGAGACUUUUAUCAAAGUGUAAGCCAACCAGCCUGUUGUAAAUUUACUCCAUUGUACAUAAACUUUACAUCUAUAUUUUUAUAUUUUUCAAACUUUGUACAUUGAAAGCUUAAUAAAAUAAAAUAAAAUUUAAUAAAAUAAAGUAAAGCAGAAUAAAAUUUAAUAAAAUAAAGUAAAACAAAAUAAAAUUUAAUAAUAUAAAGUAAAACAAAAUAAUAAAAAAAAUUUAAAAAUACAAUAAAAUUAAAUAAACGACUGACUUCCUUCUUUAACGACACCCCAAAACACCACUCGUUUUGGGGGAAAACAUAGAAACACCAGAAUAAAAUACGUUGAUAAAAACAACUUAAUCACUGCGUGGAAUAGUUCAAGUGAUAAUCCCAUUUCUAACAUUGAACUUGCUAUUCUUAGAUGCCGCGGAAGACGCAUUGGACAUCGCGUUUGCAUUUGGCGCGUCAGGUUCAGAAGCUGAUGCUGUAUUUAAGAAAGAGAAAGAGAUGAUUAAUAUUUUCAUCGACUCACUCAAAGUUCAUGACACUCAGUAUGGCGUGAUUGAGUACAGCUCCGAGGCGAGAGUACAUGCCACGUUUGGACAGUUCAGUCGUAAAGAGCGACUCAAAGCGCAGGUAAAUAUGUGUUGCAUUGCUGUGUUUUCUAUUUCUGUUGCAGCUAUAUACACAACUUGAACUUGCAGUGACAAAUAUCACUUUAUAGUUUACCGUAACCCAGUGAUGCUGGUAUUUGACAUAAUCGGAUAUUUUCGAGGAUACAGAGUUGCUUCGUCCAAACCUACAGAAAAAAGUGUCUUCCUCGUUUGAUUUGAGUAGCUGGCGUAAUACCUUUCUCUUUGAAUUUGUAAAAGACGCGCAUAAUGUCCCAACAAGAUCAUCAAUUACGGAUUUAAAAGUUUCCAAUCUAUACCAAUGGUAACCUAUACCUUUUCCAUAUAUUAUAUGUAAAGGUAUAGAUUUACAAUAUUGUAUAUACAUACUUUUUGUGUGUGUUGGUGUUAUAUACUCAGGUGAGUAUGAUGCUUGUUAUGUUUCUCUGAGUGUACAUCCACACCGGGCAAGCUGAAAAGUUUGUUUGACCACGGUGGGAAUCGAACCAGCCACCUUUGGGAUACUAGUCCAAUGCUCUUCCAGUAUAUUAUAACAAUAUUUUAACUUAACUAAUGAAUGCCAUCUGGAAGAAUAUUUGUAAAGAUGUCUUACCUCGAUAGAGUAUGAAAUGAAAUGAAAAAUGGACGAAACUGGACCCAAAGAUUUUUGCUGAAUAUAAAUGUGUGUGUUUCAGGUAUCUGCAAUUGAAAGGCGAGGCGAAGGUGUUGGUAUUGACAAAGCAUUAACAGGCGCUUAUGACUUGCUCGUGAAAAACGGUCGUCGAGGAGCAAGGAAAGUGCUCAUCGUGUUCACAAGUGGCAAGGCUAAUGUUGGCGUGUACGAACUACGAGCAUGCGCCAAAGCACUACAAGAUGUCGGAGUUAAGAUCGUUGCAGUUGCUGUUGGCAACAAUGUCGACGAGAACCAAUUGAAAGAAAUAUCCAGCGAUGAACACGUCAUUUAUUCACCAUUGACUGGGGAUAGUGCAGCCGUUAUACAACUCAUCUCUGAUGAUGUUGUCAGUGGAGGUGAGUUGACGAGUUAUUGGGGACGGGUCAUUAUUUAUGGGGGGGGGGUGACACCGAAGAGAAAUGUUUUUCUUGAUACAAUUUUUGCUGAUCCAACCAUUAAAAAGUUAAAAAAAUUUUUUACCCAACCUCAAAAAAAUGUUCUUACCCAAAAACGUCACAAAAUUUACGUUCAGUUGUCACAAAUGUCUUAUACCACUUCUGUGACAUGAGUUUGAUAACUGCUUGUGCAAUUUUCUGCAGUCUAAAGUUUCAUGUUGUCUGCACAUGUAUUUUGUUGGAGACACCAUUUGCCUCGUGACAAAUUGCAGAGUAAAAUGGAUGCGUGAUUAGUCCAUUGUAUAAUUUUUGCUUGAUACUUAAUUAAAUAACAUAAUAUGAAGUGCCACAGGUUUUUCAUUGUAAACUGUUAUGUGUUAUCCUCAGUAAAUAAAGUGGUAUUAUUCGUAUUAAUUCGCUGUCUCCAAGUGCCACCCAGUUAUAUAUUGUUGAAAAAAGAUGGUUUGUUAUUUCUCUGUAAACUUUUAUACUUCGUUUUCCUGUAGAAUUGACUGGUGAGGCAAUCGACAUCAUGUUUGCUGUCGGUUCUGCGGGCGUCGAGGCUGAAAUGGUGUUUGAAAAAGAAAAAGAGAUGGUGUAUGCUUUUGUAAACUCUGUGGACACAGCUAACGUGCGGUACGCUUUGAUUGAGUAUGCCGAGAACGCUACACUACAAGCAGACUUUAACGAAUACAAAGAGAAAUACGAUUUCAAGGAAUUUGUUGACUCGGUUAGGAGAAUUGGAGAGGGUCUGGGACUAGAUAAAGCUUUGCAGAGAGCGGCUGGAGUGUUUGAGAACAGCGGUCGCGUUAACGCCAAGCGUGUUCUGGUCGUGUUCACGAACGCACAGUCGAAAGCACGCACACAAGAUCUUCAAAAACAUUCGCGCGAGCUACAGGAGUCUGGGGUGAAGGUCGUCGUGGUCGCUAUUGGUACUGACGUCAGCGAAGAAGAGUUGAGUAAUAUUCAUGGGGAGCCUGUGGUUAGGACACAGACACACGAUGACGUGAAUGUGAUUGUGAAGAGCGUGGCCUCUGAUGUUCUGGCAACAGAACCUGAACUGGGCCAAGGCACAGGUAAGUCCUGCCACUGUAGCUUAUCACCAGUUUAUGGCUAUUGUCAAUAUAUCAAUAUAUCAAUAUAUCUACUGUCAAUAUAGUCUGGAGCAAGUGUUUACUUCAGGAAUUGAGCGGAGAUUAAAAGCAUAUGUACUAAACGUCGUGCCACCGAGGCAUAGACUAGUAUAAAAUUAUUACUUGGGCGACCAAGUCAUAAAUUCGCUUUGUUUUUUUUUCUCUGGUGUUGCGUUUUGUCCCCCCAUGAUGCUUUGAGGCAUAUGAGUCGCCCAAGUAACCAAGAGCGGAUUUUCAUUUAUAUAAAAGGAGGGAUAGAAAAAUUUCUGGUGGGGUGCAAGCGGCACCACUCAGUGAGGUUCAGCAGGGGUUAGGCGUUUGGGUUAAAGCCUUUCACACAAAAUAAGAGGUGUGAAGCGAAAUUUUGGUGGGGCUGAACACUUUAUUAGAGGAGUUAGAGAGAUUCUAGGGGGUGGGGGGGUUUAACCCCCCUACCCCACCCCCAGUAAAUCUACCCAUGAAGUAAACGCCUACCCGACGUCUUGUUUUAAUACUAAAAUUGUCCUAAACUCUUGUUUCUCAAACAGUUCCCGUUGUUGGUCCAAAGAUGAAGCUUGAUAUCGUAUUUGCCGUGGGUGCGGCUGGUCGAGAUGCGAAUGAAGUAUUUGACAAGGAAAAGGAAAUUGUGAACUCAUUUAUCGACAACCUCAAGGACAACGACGCCCAGUUUGCCGUCAUAGAGUUUGGAAACAAAGCUUCGGUGAAAUCUAAACUUGGCGACGAAAUGGAUGCUGGAAAAUUGAAAGCGUCUGUGUCUGCCAUACAGAGGACUGGUGACGGGAAAUGCCUUGAUAAAGCCUUGGAACAGGCUGUUCAGGUAAAGUUGCUUUCGUUUCUCAUUGGGGGAGUGACUCUUGAAUUUACAAGAUACAGAUAAUGGAAUGUGUUUUUGAACAGUGAACUCUAUAUACUGUACUACAUAUCUUGAGAUUUUGUGUAUCGCUGGUUUUGAAUUGCUUAUUCCCAUCCUACAUUUAUAAAAAGUGUAAUCCCGUUGUCUAUCGUAUUUAGAUCUUCCACAACGAGGCGCGACCUGCAUCCAACCGGGUACUCAUUGUUCUCACGAACGCCAAAUCGAAUGCUAGAACCCAGGACCUCAAGAAACACGCGCAAAGUUUGGCUGAAGCUGGCGUCAAAGUUCAGGUAGUUGCCGUUGGCAACGACGUGAAUGAAGACGAAUUACUUGAAGUAACAAGCAAUGAACUGCCCUUGUUGAGAGUUCAGCCGUACGAAGAACCACAGACUGUUAUCAGUAAUUCUGCUUGGAUUGUUGGAGGUAUGACGGAGGUUAAUUUUUCCUUGGGUUAUGAUAUUCACAAUAUUAUAGCCCAAGGAAAAAAUAACAAACAUCGAACAUCUUUAAACAGAAAGUAUUGUGGACAGUGAAAGAUCUAUAAAAGUCUGGUACCAAAUAUCACAAUUCACAAGCAUUGUUUAGGAGCAUGUGACAAGCAUGCAAUCACAUAUAACUUAAUUGUCAUAUUAAAUAAUGACUAUUAAACAGAACUUAUUAAGCUAAAGUUAGCAAUAUAGCAAGCAAUAUAUCAUUCUGUACAGUGUAUGCCAAUGAUGCCACAACAUACGCAUUUUAUACAAUCUGUUUUGUUCUGUGUAGGAUUCAUUACAACUCUACUGAUAAAAAUAUUUAAACUAUCAGAAUUGAUAGUUCUAACUGUACAUUAAACAACAACGCUAAUCGACAUAAUUAAUUGAUUAUCUUAGAAAAGUAUAUAAUGUUAGUCAAAUGGCAAAAAUUGGGUCUCUUUAUUCAUUUCAUCAAGUGACCCAUGUUCUGAAAGAUUCGCAUAACUUAGAGCCUUAAACGGACACCGAAACCCCUUUGGCACUGACAUGUUGAAAAUCCCCAACAUUUCGUGAAGUGUCCACCACUGAUUAUAGAUACAUGUAUUUAUGAAUUUUUUCUCGACCCUUUUCUUUGUAGAAAAGCAAGACGAAUUCCUCGAUAUCGUGUUCGCAUUUGGAUCAUUUGGAGAAACAGGGGAAGAAAUAUUUGAAAAAGAGAAACAGCUCAUCGGCUCUUUCAUUGAUUCCAUUCAGAAACGUGAUACCAACUAUGGCGUCAUUGAGAUCGGACCACGUGCGAAGAUCUGCUCUAUGAUUGGUCAAUACCGUGAUCACGUGCGUUUAAAACGUCACUUGAACUUGGUACGACGAAGUGGUGAUGCUACUGGUCUUGAUCACGCGUUGGAGGUCGCCGCCAAUAUGUUUGAAAAUCAAGCUCGUGCCAACUCCCGGCGCGUUCUGGUCGUGUUCACCAAUGGCAAGUCUGGAGCCCAGGUAAUGCUAACAUUCAGUAGCACUUUCAUUUAACCACAGCACUUGCCUUAGGACCGCGAUGUCUGUCGACUCUGUCUCUGCUGUUUAGAAGUUUUUAUUGAUUUUAUACUUUAACAUUUAAUGAAGUUUAGGAUAGAAAACUUGUACAACUUUCUUUAAAAAUAUAUCUUAUUCUUCAACCAGUUCAUACUGAGCAAUAGUUUUAUAGUUGUGUUCGUUGUAUCGAGAUUUGGAGAUGGACUAUUUAUUAUAUUGAAAUAGUUUAACAUCUCAUACAGUACAACACUGAUGCCAAUGCUAUAUGCAGCUUGUGAUUCGUCUUCAUGAAAAAAUCCAUAUUCUCCAAUAAUCUCAUAGAAAAGUUUAUGGAAAUCAGCAGGAUGUUGUACCAGAUAUAAAAGCUCCUUCAUCGUCAUGAUUUGAUUUCAGAACUCAAUUUAUUAUCUUGUAUAACAUAACCUUCUGUAUUCAGUGUAUUUCAAUUUUAGCGCAAAACUACUUCAGUACAUGAUUUAUUUUUCUAUUUUACCCAGGGCCCUGAAUUGAAACAAAAUUCCGAGCGACUGACAAAGGCCAAUGUUGACAUCAUUGUGGUUGCUAUUGGCGAUGACGUUGAUGACGACGAAUGUCAGUAUGUCACGUGCGGAAGUCAUCCAAUAAUUAACAUCGCACCAGAACAGAACCCAAGGGCUGUGGUGUAUUCCAUUGUUGGUGAAUUAGAGGAAGGUUAGUUUGUUGUUGUUGUUGUCGUUGUUGUUGUUGUUGUUGUUGUGUCGUUGUUGUUAUGUUGUUAUUGAGGCUACUGUCGCUGUUCCGUUGUCGUUGUUGUUAUUAUUGUUGUUGUUGUUUUACGUAAUAAUUUUAUCGUUGCAGCUAAAUCCACUGAACCAAUGGAUAUCGUAUUUGUUCUCGGCGCUGCAGGCGAAGGUGCUGACACAGUCUACAACAAAAACAAACAAAUCAUUUCUAAAUUCAUCGAAGCCAACAAAGUUCCCUACACCGUGUACAGCUUGGUUGACUACGGCCCUAAAGCCAUUGUCCGCUCGAAAUUCGGUGACAAUAAACAACGCGCUGUAUUGUUGGACCAAAUUGAAACUCUCGAGCGACCUGGAGAAGGAAAAGCUGUAGACAAGGUUUGUCCGUCAAGUCCACUACCUUAAUGCCAACUCCAAGCCCUCAGUGGUAACCAUAGCCCUAACUGUAGUCUUAAUUUUAAUUCUUAAAUCAUUUGAGACAGUCUUAAAGGAAUUAAACUCGCGUCGAAAAAGUGAAACCAAAGAUGGCGGGAAUGACGUCCAGUGCCAACCCCUUUCAAUUAGCCUUUUUCACGCCGCCAAUUUUGGGUGGCAUUUCAGCCGAAGCUUGCGAGAUAAGUCCACAUAACAGCGACUUUUUAUAAUUUUUUGGACGAAUGAUGGUAAAUUUGCUUUGUAAAUGGUUAGUUUAUUUUGAAAUUAAAAUUGCUUUUCACAUUGUUUUAAUUGUCUGCAUCGGUUAGCGAGAAUUAGAAUAGAUGCCACCCAAAAAUGGCGGAUAUUCGUCAUCGUGAGAAAGGUUAAUUGCUUUUGUCUACACGGUUUCACAAGGGAAGGAAUGUGCAAAAAUUUCGUGUUCUGUCUUUGAUUCAAAGACUAGUAUUAUGCUUUUAUGAACUUGAUUAGCGAUACGUUCUUGCUUCAGAUAAAUAGAGAGUUCAGUGGUAUAGUCAAGUAUAAAUAGUAAUUUAAAUUGUUGUUUCAGGCUUUGGAACAGUCGGUGAACUUGUUCGAAACUCAUGGUCGACAUGGUGCGAAGAAGCGGGUGAUAUUAUUCGCAAACGGUAAAAGUGGCGCGAAUCCAAGUCAUCUGAAAAAGUGCGCGACGUUAUUGGAGGAUUCAAAUGUAAAAGUCGUCACAGUUGCUGUUGGAGAUGACGUCAACGAGGAGGAAUUACGUCAUAUUAACCCGGAUGAAGAAGCUAUUGUGAAGGUGGACACGCUCGAGGAACCCGAGUCCGCAGUUUUUGCCGUUGCACGUCAAGUACAAGGUAACAAUUCUACGAUCUUGGGAGCAUGGGGAUGAUCUUUGUACUAACUGGGGAUCUUUGGGGGUAACUGUGGGGAUCAUGUGGGUAACUGGGGAUCAUGGGAGUAAUUAAGGACCUUUGGGUGUAACUGAGGAUCUUUGGUGGUAAUCGAGGGUCUUUGGGUGUAAUUUACCUAUGAGGGAUCUUUCGGGGUAACUUUGAGGACCUUUGGGGGUAACUGGGGCUUUGUUGCCACAGUUAUCACAACAAGAACCUCCCGAAGUUGUGACUCAUGAAUUUUUCUGAAGUGUUUACAUGUAAAACAAACCGAAAUACUUCAUGCUGCAAACAAACCAAUGUCAUUUUUUAUCGUUCGCGUAGAACCGUGUAAAACAAAGUUCGACAUCGUCUUUGCGUUUGGCGCAAUGGGCAACUCCGCUGACAUGAUUCACCUCAAGGAGAAGGAGAUGAUCGGCUCAUUUAUUGACUCGUUCGAGUUCGGAGACUAUCGGUACGGCGUCGUGGAAUACGGCACCAAAGCUUCAGUGAAGGCGAAAUUUGAUGACGUACAUGGCAAGGCGAAUAUGAAGGAAUUUGUGAAUACCAUCCACAGGAGCGGAGAAGGUAAUGUGUAGGAUGGUUCCACUAAGGAAAGAAAGAUAAUUUUGUAAAAUGUGAUUGGCCGACACAAAUUUUCCGUCGGAAAACAGUUUUCAACUUUUAACAAUGAUAUUUUGACUGAUAUUCAGUGGAAAUGGGCCUUUGAUAUUUUCGGAAAAUUUUCUGUCCGUGGACAUAUUUCUUGAGUCGAGAUGGGCCUUAUGAGUAGUCACUUAGAUGGAUCUAAACAUUUCAUGCCCAUAUUAGUGCAUUUGGCAGUGUAAUUCAAUGAGCCAAUUUGAAGGCAGAAUAUCGAUGUGACCUAAUCAGUUAUAACUGGCAAAAGUUAGAAGAAAAGUUACUGCUGGUCAGUUUUCUCAUGCGAGAGAAAUUCGUUGCCCUUGCCACUCAUUGCCCACAAAAUUCAUUGCCCUUCCCACUCAUUGCCCACAAAACCUGAGAAAGAAUUUCCGCGCCUUAAGAUCAUCUCAGGCCAAAUCGAGACAGUGAACCACGCAAGAAUCCUAGGUUUGACAAUUUCUAAAGAUCUAAAAUGGAACCAACACAUAACUAACAUAGUUAAGAAGGCGAACAAACAGAUUUAUUUUAUUAUUCAGUUGAAACGUGCUCAUGUACCUGAAGCUGACAUAAUAAAUUUUUACACUACCUGCGUCAGACCAGUCAUGGAAUUCAGCUGUCAAGUUUUCCACUUCGCCCUUCCUUCCUACUUAUCUAAUGCCCUGGAACGGGUUCAAAAGCGUGUUUUAUCAAUCAUCUAUCCACUGACAGGUUAUGCGGAUUGUUUACAAAAAUCAGGCAUCAAACCAUUAAGUGACAGGCGUGUGGAUGCAUGCGAGAAACUGUUUAAUGAAAUCACCACAACACCAGUAGCUAAUAUGCAUAAUCAUGUACCAUCUAGAUACUUUCCAAAUUACGACCUUAGACACUCAAGGUCUUUUGUUGUUCCUCAGACCAAAACGAACAGAUUUAGAAACAGUUUUUUCCCUUCAUCUGCAAGGCAUAUCAAUAAUAUUAACUGACAAUCGAUUCUGAUGUUCAGUUUUAGACUGGCUAACAUUUUUUUAGAAACUUACUAGUUUUAUAGCUAAUUUGUAAUGUAACUUUAAACUUCUGUAAUAUAGAAUUAUAAAUUGUAAUGUAAUUUUAAACUUCUGUAAAUAUAGAAUAACUAAUUUAAUCAUUUCUCUUGUAAAAUUUAGCACGCAAUUCAGCCUCUUGGCUGCUAUGUGUUAAUCUUAUUAAACAAACAAUUUAUCUAUCUAUCUAUCUAUGGUAUUGGAUGUCAUUGUUAUAUGUUUUCAUUGUAUAGGCAAAGCUCUUGACAAGGCGUUAGAACAAUCAUGCGAGCUGUUUAAAAAACAUGGCCGACACUCCGCCAGAAAGGUUCUUAUUGUGUUCACGAACGGCAAGUCCAAUGCUCGAGCGAAUGAGUUGAAAAAACACGCUCAAAACCUGACUGACCUGAACGUGAAGUUGAUUGUGGUUGCCAUUGGUGAUGACGUGAGCGUCGAGGAACUACUUGAAGUAACUUCAAAUGAAGAGUCGAUUGUUAGAACACAGCCGGAUGAUGAUCAUGAAACGUUGUUUGCAAGCAUCGUGCGAGUUAACAUUGAAGGUACAUGGAUCUUGUCUGGAUAUCAAGAUUCUGGUGCAGAGCUCUAUACAAGAACUUGUGGUUAGAGCUGGUCAACUGGCCUCUGUAGCUCAGUUGGUUACAGCACUGCACUGGAAUCACAGGGCCACAGGUUUGAUUCCUGCCAGAGGACCUAGAGUUGGAUCUUGUUUUACUUUGUUUUUACUUUUCUCACACUUGCUGUUUAGCUCGAAAUUCUUAUCCAAAUAACACCUCGUAUUUAUCGAGCUUUAUACUGUAGAUGCCCAAUGUUUACAAAAAUGUAUUCUUACAGUGUAUACAUACUACAUAGAAUGGUCUUAGAGGUCGACACAUAACAACUCCAUGUUGUACUGCAGCUGUGACCGGUUGUUCAAAGCUGAGUUAGUUUAACCCUAGGUUAACUUAAAAUUCAAAGCAAACUUCCUCACAGCUUGUCCAUAAAUUUGGAAAUAUUUCAUCAGAGAUCUUGUCUAGAUCGAUAGGAGUUUACUUCUCUGAAGUUUUGAAAUAAACAGACGUGCAGAAAUACACAAACUAAAACAGCAGGUUAAAUUUUAACCCAGGGUUAGCGCUAAUCCACCUUUGAACAACCGACCCCAGAAUCUCGCAUGAAGAUCCUGACAUUUAAUUUCCCUUCUGUAGAACGUCCUGUGACUGAUGUUGAUGUUGUCUUCGCGCUCGGAGCAUCCGGUCAUCAUGGCGACGAAAUGUUUGAAAAAGAAAAAGACUUCGUGAACGGUUUUGUCGAUUCUUCUAAACAUGGCAACAUGGAGUACGCCAUGAUUCAAUAUGUCGACCCACUGACUGUGCAUUUCAGGUUAGUUUUCGGGCAAACCAUAUCGUCGCGAGUGACAACCUUGUAGCAACUUGAUAAAAUAACAGCAUUGUUACAACUUGUUGACAAGCUUGCUACAAGCCUGUUGCGAACACAUCUUGUUGACAAGUUGUGAGAUUUUUACGUGUGUAUCUCCACGACAGUUGCGACAGGCUAAAAACGUGUCGUGACGGUUAUGUUUUUAAGCCUGGUUUCCAUAUGAUAGUAAUGGUGGUAAAAAUAGAGUCACGAUCUUUCUCAACGGUCAGUUUAUAAUUGUUUAUACCUGUAAACCACAUAUAAAUCAUAAGUAUUCUCUAGUUAUAAUCACUCCGCGUAUUUUCAGUUCUAAAAUGUUGUAUUUCGGCUGAUGAGAAAGAUCGUGACUCAAUUAACGUUGUAUUCCGAGAAUUGCGAGUGAACAUUUGUCCGUCUGUUUUAGAUUCAAAGAUAUAGACGAUAAGGAAAAGGUGAAAGAUAAAAUAUGGGCAAUCCAACGAAAUGGCGACGGCACCUCGAUGGCCGAAGGUCUACGAAAGGCGAACGAACUAUUCACGAACGAAAGCCGACCAAAUUCGCAUAAGGUGUUGAUCGUAAUGAUAAACGGUCCACUUGGUGGCCGAGCUGGAGAACUGAAGACUGGGGCGAAGGCUCUUCAGAAGAAUGGAGUGAAGGUCAUAACGGUUGCUAUUGGUGACGAAGUUGAUCACGACGAACUACGUCAGUUAUCUUGUGACGAAGACAAUGUUAUACACGUGAAGGAAAAUGAAGACGUCGGUUCUGUGGCUUACGUAAUCACUCAUCAAGCAGUCAAAGGUAGGAAAAAUUCCUACUGUGAUCACAGAAACUUUGAUAGUGUCUUUACCGAAGUUCUAGGAAAACAGUUUAAAACUCGUAUAGCUAUUCAGUGUAACAAAAAUUAUUUUAUUUUCCUCGUGUAGUAACACUGGAUCAAUAAGAGAUGAUCCUUACUGGACUUCUAGGGAGAAUAGUUUAGAACUGAUAGAGCUAUCCAGUAUAAAUGAAGUUAGUUUAGGUUCUCUCCUUUAUUAAAAUUAUUUUAUUUUCCUCGUGUAGUUAACAAAAAUUAUUUUAUUUUCCUCGUGUAGUAACACUGGAUCAAUAAGAGAUGAUCCUUACUGGACUUCUAGGGAGAAUAGUUUAGAACUGAUAGAGCUAUCCAGUAUAAAUGAAGUUAGUUUAGGUUCUCUCCUUUAUUUACACUGGAUUUAGGUUUCCUCCUGUAGUAACACUGGAUCAAUAAUAGAUGAUCCUUACUGGACCUCUAGGAAGAAUAGUUUAGAACUGAUAGAGCUAUCCAGCAUAAAUAAAGUUAGUUUAGUUUAGGUUUCCUCCUGUAGUAACACUGGAUCAAUAAGAGAUGAUCCUUACUGGACCUCUAGGAAAAACGAUUCAAAACUGAUAGAUCCACUAUGAAUAAAAGUAGUUCCAAUGGUUUAGCCUGAAAUGAUGAAAAUCUGAAGCACUGUUUCUUUCCCAGGAACACCAGUAUACGAUGAAGUCGUGAAAGAAGAGACGUUUUCGCGACAGGUUUUCCUCCACCCCAGAAUAAAGUUGGUGAUCAGGCCGAGCAUGGCAGCCGCUGAACGGCGCAGGAAGGAAGACGAGGCUGAAAAGAAACGACAAGAAGAACAGGAGGAAUUACGAAGACAAGAAGAGGAAAGAUUGAGACUUGAAGAGGAGAGAAGGAUUGAAGAAGAAAGGAUACGACAAGAGGAAUUAAAGAGGCAGAAGGAACUAGAAGAAGAAGAGGAGCGGUUAGAACGAGAGAGAUUGGAAUUAGAACAACUGGAAAGAGAAGCACUGGAAUUAGAACGGAAACAAAAGGAAGAAGAGGAGGAAAGGAAAAGAAAAGAAAUUGAAGAACAAAUGAAAAAAGACAAAGAAGUAAGAUGUUGUUUUGUUUUAUCUUAAGCAAUACCUGCAUGUUUGUCAAAUGUUUUCGCUAAUUCUAAACCUCGGCGCCCGAAUUUAAUGACUACAUCGGCUCGGCACAUUUCUUCAUCCACAAAAGCAGCGCUGAAAAAUGUCCGACAGCGCCGGCAGCCAGGAUGUUUUUAACAAAAUAUCUUCGUAGGAAAUUUUCUUAUAUCUGUACGGAAAUGUAUGUCAUCAUAUUUUCUGGAAUACCAAAUAGUUUAUCCAUUUGUCUUGUGCCGUUGUUAUCACAACGUGAUAUGUACGUUCUGUGAAAUGACAUUUGCAGGACGUUUUGUAUUUGACUUACACAGGAUUUUUUCUACUUUGACUGGAACAAAAGUUGGUGUAUUCAUAUCUUUUUUGUUUUAGCGUGAGGAGGAGCUUGUCAUGUUGCCGAUUUUCGAAUGUCUGGAAGGAAAUGUUUGUCAUCUUAUAUACUGAAAUACCAAAUAAUUUAUCCAUUUGUCUUCACAACAUGACACACGUUCUGUGAAAUUACAUUUGCAGGAAGAUUUGUAUAUGACUUAAGGACCGGUCAUAAAGUAACUGCUAGGGUGGGCCGGAGGGAAAAAUAGGUUUUCCAAAAAAAAACCCCGGUGGCCCAUCCUGAGAACCUAGAAAAAAAUUCAAAGCCCAUCGUAGGUCAUUGGAAAAAUUUCACGACCCAUCCUGCUAUACAUGAAUAUGUGCAGUAUAGCAGUCACUUUGAUCAAACCAUGCACUGUGUCACUUUCUCAUAACUUGUGCAGUAGUUAUAGUAUGUAUUGAGUGCAAACAAGCUAUAUGUGUUUCAUGGCCCAUCCAUUUGCACAAAAAAAAUUGAUGGCCCACCAAAACUGAUGAAAAUAAUUUCAUGGCCCAUCCUUAUUUUUGUGGCCCAUCCUAGCAGUUACUUUAUGACCAGUCCCUUACACAGGAAGUUUUUCUUUUUGGCCUGGAACAAAUGUUUGUGUAAUAACAUCUUUCAUUUUGUUUCAGCUUGAAGAGGAGCUUGUUAUGUUGCCGUUUGCAGUGGCUACCCCUGAGACUGAGGACGUAAAGAAAGCGCAUCGUAAGACUCUUGAUUUAGAAGACACCGUAGCGGAGAAAGCGAGCUUCUCACGUGUCACUGACGAUGGAAAUGUACAACAGAAUACUGAACUCAAGGAUGUCACCACUGAAACUGUGACAAAGCACGAGACAACGAGGUAGGAAUCAUUCAUCUGAAAUGGUAAAAUAUUUGUUGAUUUCUUUUAAGAGGCAAUUUGUUUUCAAUGUCACGUAUUUGCAAUGAAAAGUGUUCCAAACCUAAAAUCUUUUUGGCGUUCCUCUCAGAAUUACUUAGUUUGUUUUAACUUUAUUUUGUAGUUUGCACAGUUAGCAACCUCAUAGUAGUUAAAUAUGGUCAACUUAAAUACAAUUAUCAUUGAUGCUGUAAAGUUGGCGCCAUAUUUACACAGUAAUACAAGCAAAACAUACUGAACUUCAGACAUCAUUUUCUCUCAGACAUCAUCUUCAGACAUCAUUUUUCUCGUGCAUAAAUUAUCAUGUAUCGCGCAUAGGUUAUCAUUGCACAUUACUCUGUCCAAAAAAGCAAGACAACUUUUUCUCAUCCAAAUUUAACCAAAAUUUAAUCAAUUUAUUCUUGGACAAUCUCCACCAGUCCCGCAAACCUUCUCGUAUUAAUACGAUUGAUAUUUUUUAAGUUGUCGUUGGACACAUACACAUUCCCAGGCUAGUGCUCUUAUUUAAAAGAGGUACUCGCUAAGGCCUCGAAAGAUUUUUAUCUUAGAUAUUUUAAAAUGAAAGUGGUUUUGAUUUCUAGUACUGUGUACAUCAACCCAAGUACACUUCAAGAUGAUGUGCGAUAUAACAGAGAUAACACUCCAGAAAUCAGAUACUCUCUUAAAACGUAAGUACUACAUGCAUACUACUCGUGUAACACACUGUUUUCCUUGUCGCGUCACGCCUAGUCUUGUUUGACUUGCAUCGCUUUAUUUUAUCUUUAAUUGUCUUACGGAAAAAGUCAUUCAUCAUUGGGGGAUGGCUGUUGGGCAGGGUUGGUGAGCUUAGGGGAGGGUUGGCGAAUUUACGGAAAAGAUUAAAAUAUUUUGGACUUCCAUCAUUGGAUGUCCUAAUACGCUUAAUUUUUGGGGCCCAUGUUCAGGAACAGUCACAACUUUUACGCACAAUGGGAACAAAUUUACACAAGUGUGGAUUUGCUUUGGGGACUCUGUCUCGAAUUCUACUUCUCUAAUUGGCUGAACUUGAAUUUUCACCAGUUUUCGAAAGACGUUCUCAUGGGAAGGUCACGAGUUGUAGAUUUGGGGAGAUCAAGAAUUUUCAGGUCUAUACUUGAAAGGGCUUGACUAUAUUUGGGCCCUCCUUACUGCAAUUUUACACCCCCUCCCCCCUUCCCUUGCUAUACCUUGCUGGAUCUUGUCCACAUUUGUACACUGAGUAGUAAAGUUUAACCACUUCUCAAUGAGCAAUACUUUCCAAUUUUAGCGAUCUCAACUUAGACUUCGAGCAAGGCGAACGUGGUUUUGUCCGCGAUCAAAUCCGAAAUCAAGAAACGGAAAUCAAACGUCGUUCAACGCACGAUCCAAGCUUGCAGGCAUCUUUGGACACAAUGCUGAAAUCCACUACAAUCAGUACAGUAGAGUCGACCCCUGAUGACGUAUUUCCCCCUCCAGAAGGAACAGACCUACCCCCACCUGAAAUACCCAAUGUCGAGACGAGAACUGUUAUUUAUGAACCGAACACCCCCAGUGAUGUUACAACCUACCAGAUGACAGGUGGGUGACUCGAAAUUAGUGGUGUCAAUUUUAUUCACUUUUAACCAGGAACAGAACCCUAGGCCAUCUGACAGUAGUCGAACCAGCGCCCUGCGAUUCCGGUUCAGCGAUCUAAUGCCUGGUUUCCAUAUGGUGGUAAAAAUAGAGUCACGAUCUUUCUCAACGGCCAGUUUAUAAUAGUUUAUACCUGUAAACCACAUAUAAAUCAUAAGUAUUCUCUAGUUAUAAUCACUCCGCGUAUUUUCAGUUGUAAAAUGUUGUAUUUCGGCUGAGAAAGAUCGUGACCCAAUCUUUACGACCGUUGCGACCAAACGGAAACCAGGCUCAACCAACUGAGCUACAGAACCACAAGUUCUUGUACAUAUAUACUAAGGUGAGCCAAAGUAAGGAGCAUGGGGACAUAUCAGCAUUUGGGGCAUCUCAUUUGACAGAACUAAUUCUCAAACGGGGUUUGGUGUACAUAUUAACACUGGAUAGCUCUGUCAGUUUUGUAGAGUUCUUUAUUAAUAAGAUCCAACAAUUAUUGAGUUGUUAGACCUUUGUUAGAGUCCUUACGAUUUUAGGACGGCAACGCGACGACGACGGCCAAAACAAACUCCUUCAAAUAAAUGGUAGUAAAGAUAAUUCGUCGUAUAUUAUCAAUCGUAUGAAGUUAAUACAGUUUUAGAAGUUGAAGACAUGGGUUUGAUGGUUGGGAAGAGUUCUGCUGAAUCCACUUUGAAGUUGCACUUGUUGCGGCUUGAAAUGCAGCCGUUGUAUCAAGACGUAAAAAUCUGUGAUUUCGCGUUGUAAACAGAGCGAAGGACAAUGUCUAAAGUAUUCAUAUAUUGUAAUUUUUCAAUUCUUUUCGAUGAUCUACUGUAUUGGUAGCCGUUGCCAUCGCGUUGCCGUCCUAAAAUCGUAAGGUCUCUAAUACUACAAGAAACACUGGGCCUUGAAUAAAUAUCCAAAGUUUUGCUGGAAAUUUCCCUCUACGAAACACUCAAGAUUUUGUUUAAUUUCUCGCGACUAGGUGAUCCUGUGGUCGUAACAAGAAGACUGAAGAUUGACACGACCCCAGUCUCCCAGACGACCAAAACUACGCAUGUGGUACGUCAUACUUCGACUCCUGCUCAGGUUGUCACCAAGACCAUCACUAUUGAGGGUGACGGUGAACCACUGACCGCUGAAGAACUGGCUGAGAUUAUGAAUAUGUCUGGUGCGGAAACAUCGGUAAGUAUAACACUGUGACCAUGAACUCCAAAAACAGCUAGUUCAAAUAAGGUUGUCCUUUGCAAACCUUAAAAGCAUAAUGAGCAUUAGCCUUAAAAGCAUAAAUUAUAUACGAUGGGCUGGCACUUAGUAUAGGCAAUCAUGCGAUGGCGAGUACAAUUAGGGAUUAAUAGUACGAGUGAUGUUUGGAAAUUUUGCCAAAAUUGGACGAGCCGCCGGGGCGAGUCCAAUCUGGCAAAUUUCCAAACAUCACGAGUACUAUUAAUCCCUAAUUGUACGAGCAACAUCGCAUGAUUACUUGUUUAUUAUUAGCAUGAUAAAAUUUGACACGUACUUCUCAAUGUCAACAUCGUAUUCUCUCGCCAAAGCCCAUCAGUCCUGCCAGUGCUUUUGUUUGUAUUUUCAUUUAGUUCUUUUGUUCAAGCAAAAUUUGGUGCUUUUGUUCGUAUUUUCAUCUAGUUCUCCACGGCAAUUUCAUUUCGCAAUUGUGUUUAAAAUACCUUUCCGCCAUUUUGUUUGUUUUGAGAAAAUCAUUAAUUGUACUGCAGUAGAUACAAAAUUCUCAAUCAAUCAGCAUCCAGUAAUUUUGUCAUGCUAAUAAUAAGUUUAUUAAUUAUUCUACCCGACAAAGCAAGACAAACGUUUGCUAAUUUCUCGUCCAAUUCUCAACCAAAUCUAACCAAAAUUUAUACCCAAUUUGUACCUGGGAUAAAAUAUUGUUCGUCCUCUUAAUAGUUCUCAAAUAUUUCAUUACAGACUGUGACAAACAGCAGUUAUCAACGAGUGGAAAGGGUACAGAAAGUUGAACAAGUGGUGACCAGUAAACAGUUCGUCCAGUCAGGACAAUCUUUCAUUGUCGAAACAGGAGAUCCUGAUGCUGAUGCUGUAAGUCAUAUUUUACUGAUUUUGAUAUACUCGUGCGUUUUUUCCGCUGUGAUAUAAUCCUUAGAGUAUUCAGCACUAACUUUAUUUAUAGCUGAUAUAACUCAAUCAGUCGUUCUUCCUAGAGGUCCAGUAAGGCCUGAUGCUGAUGCUGUAAGUCAUAUUUUACUGAUUUUGAUAUACUCGUGCGUUUUUUCCGCUGUGAUAUAAUCCUUAGAGUAUUCAGCACUAACUUUAUUUAUAGCUGAUAUAACUCAAUCAGUCGUUCUUCCUAGAGGUCCAGUAAGGAUCAUCUCUUUUUGAUCCAGUGUUACUACAGGAGGAAACCUAAACUAAACUAACUUUAUUUAUACUGGAUAGCUCUAUCAGUUCUAAACUGUUCUCCCUAGAGGUCCAGUAAGAGUCAUCUCUUAUUGAUCCAGUGUUAUUACAGGAGGAAACCUUGCUAAACUAACUUUAUUUAUACUGGAUAGCUCUAUCAGUUCUAAACUGUUCUCCCUAGAGGUCCAGUAAGAGUCAUCUCUUAUUGAUCCAGUGUUAUUACAGGAGGAAACCUAAACCUUGCUAAACUAACUUUAUUUAUACUGGAUAGCUCUAUCAGUUCUAAACUGUUCUGCUUAGAGGUCCAGUAAGGGCCAUCUCUUAUUGAUGCAGUGUUACUGCAGGACGAAACCUAAACUAAACUAACUUCUAUUUAUACUGGAUUCUAUGCUUGAUAGCUCAGUCGAUUGUAAUUUUCCAAAUUUAUAGACAAGCUGUCAGGAAGUUUGCUUUGAAUUUUAGCUUAACCUAGGGUUAAGCUGAUUGGCUGCCAAACAACCGCUCCUUAGAGUCAAAGUGGAAGCUCUCAUUUCACAUGCCAUUCACCAGGAAUUGUCUCCCCACUAAUAUAUAUGCAUCGUCAGUAUCGAGACAGAUAUAAUGUACAUCUACCAUGUAUUUGUGAACUGUCUAGGCGAUCAUGAAGGCGUUAGAAGAUGCACGUAAACAAGAUCCCAAUGUGAAAGUUGCUGAAGUGACGAUCACUAAACAGGAGACAGAGGACGAUGAAUGA